GAUUAUUGAUAAUCCCAAAUUUAAAAUUCUACUCCAUUAAGCUACGAUAUUCGUUCUUCAUCUUCUCGACCACACCACUCGCCUCUCUCUGCUCGACCACAUCACCGGAAAAGCUAGUUGCCGCCACCACCACAAAAGCUUUCUCUAUCUCCGUCUCUCUUCUCUAUGCUCUACAGACAGGCUCUCUAAUAUUCCUGGCUCCGCCACUGUGUGCAGAGUCGUUUAUGGAAGAACAAGAUCACAAUCCCAAGAGGAACAACAAACAGAAAAACAACAACAUCACUCUCUUUCUCACCGCUCUUUAAUUUCUGAAUAAAUUAAAUAUUAUGGGGAAAAAGAGCAAGAGCUUUUUCUCAUUUCGCCGUCGCUCCAAAAAACUACAACCACCACAGCCUCCGCCGUCUACGCUCGAAAUCACCGGUUCACCGUCAGAAAAUCCAUUAGUCAAACCGAAGAAAAAAACAGGCGGAGCCAAAUUAUGGAUGCGGUUCGACCGCUCCGGAAAGUCAGAGCUCGUUGAGUGGGAGAAAAACACGAUCAUCCGCCACGCCGCUAUUCCUGCCAGAGACCUAAGAAUUCUCGGUCCUGUCUUCUCUCAUUCAUCCAAUAUCCUCGCGAGAGAGAAAGCAAUGGUGGUGAAUUUGGAGUUUAUAAAGGCAAUAGUAACAGCUGAAGAAGUUUUAUUGCUUGAUCCAUUACGACAAGAAGUUCUUCCAUUUGUUGAACAAUUGAGGCAACAGCUUCCACAGAAGACUCAACCUAAGCUUCUUGGUGGUGGUGGUGGUGGUGAUGAUAAUGUGCCUGAAGCUGCUGAAGGUUUACAAUCCGAACCGCUUCCAUUCGAGUUUCAAGUGUUGGAAAUUGCUUUGGAAGUUGUUUGUACUUAUUUGGAUUCAGAUGUUGCUGACCUUGAGAGAGGUGCUUAUCCUGUGUUGGAUGAAUUGGCUAGGAAUGUUAGUACUAAGAAUCUUGAACAUGUUAGAAGCUUGAAGAGUAAUCUUACUCGGUUGCUCGCACGUGUGCAGAAGGUACGAGAUGAAAUUGAACAUCUAUUAGAUGACAAUGAAGACAUGGCUCAACUAUAUUUGACAAGAAAGUGGUUGCAAAACCAACAAGCUGAGGCUCAUUUGGCAGCCACAACCCCGAACCUUUCAAUUGUUCGACGGCUUAAUUCUACCAGAAGUGGAAGUCUUGUGACUAGCAAUGAUGAUAAUGAUGUGGAGGACUUGGAGAUGUUGCUUGAAGCAUACUUUAUGCAACUGGAUGGAACUCGUAACAAGAUAUUGUCUGUUAGGGAGUAUAUCGAUGACACCGAAGAUUAUGUCAACAUCCAACUUGAUAACCAUAGGAAUGAACUUAUCCAACUGCAGUUGACAUUGACCAUUGCAUCAUUUGCUAUUGCUGUUGAGACUUUGAUAGCCGGUGCAUUUGGUAUGAACAUUCCAUGUACAUUAUACAAAAUAAACGGAAUAUUUUGGCCUGCUGUUGGGAUUAUGACUGCAGUUUCCAUAGUGAUUUUCGUGCUUGUUUUAGCGUAUGCUAAAUGGAAAAAGUUGUUAGGUUCGUAAGUAUCCUUCGUCGUCGGCGAUGUCAAUCUCCGCAGUUAGUGAUUUGCUGAACAUACAGAAAUAAGAUCAAGUCCUCAAAGAAGUUACUAAUGAAGAGUGUUCCAUUAUUGCUUUUGACAUGGUGUGCUUCAUAGCUGAUAUACUAAUUUUCAUUUAGCAGCUGUAUUUGGGUCAAUUAAUUAAAGUUGUAUACAUAAGGCUUGAUCAAUUUAUGUGUAUGGCAAUUGUAUAUGAAUAUUGUGGUCGGAUAGUAAUAUCAACCAUAUAUAACUUCAAAGAGGUUGCUUUCGAAAUA